AUGGUGUGUAGUCAGGUGGGCCCGGUGUCCAAGUGGGCACCCAGAGGAGGUAUGUGCGGUUGGCAAGUAGCUGUACUACCUGCGGAUGAUGGAGCAACUGCCGAGGUAGGGGAUGUCCAUGUUCUUUGGGGGCUCCGAUCCUGCUUUAGCGGAAAAGUGGAGGGUGAGAUUGGAGCAGUACUUCCAGUCUACGAGGUUCCCGGAGGCGUACCGGGACCUAGCCGCUCACUACUUGGCUGUACGACGCAGAGUUUAGCACACUCUUGGUGUACUUGGGUCGAUGGUGCAGUCGUGGGUGUAGCAGUGGGUGCAGCCGGGAGUGCAGCAGUGGGUGCAGCUGAGAGUGCAGUUGUGGGCUCAGCUUAUAGCACAGCUAGGAGCGCCACAAGUGGCGCAGAUCAAGGGACCGUGGAUCUACUCGACUGUGGAGACGGGAGAACCAAGCACCGAUCGACCGAUCACAUGUUUAAUUCUAAGACUCAGUCUGGGACCCUGUUGGUUGGCGGUUUCUCGUCCCACAUGUUAUUUGAUUAUGGAGCUAAGAAUAGCUUCAUUACCCCAAUGGCUGGUAAUAUCCAAGGAGAUCCUGGUGCUCAAUUCGGAGCCGUUAGAGUCGCAGGAGGCGCGUUUCUAGCAGUUAUGGGUAAGGCUACUCUGGUAGGAGAUGAUUGGAGUAGGAAGCGUGCCGUUUCGGCUCGAGGGCAGGAUAUGAAGACCUUGGUUGGAGAGAUUAGCACUCUGCGGUUAUGUGCUACUUCUCAGGAGCCACUGGAGUUAGAGGCAGCUAACGGAACAGAUCUUUUGACCAGAAAUUCGGGCGGCUCAGGAGAAGGAGGCAAGUUCCCACAAGUGCUCCUAUUUGCUUUCCAGAAAGAACCAAAUUCACACCACCCAUCCUUGCUUCUCCUCUCCUCUUCUCUCCGAACAAGAACCAAACAAGAACUUAUGUUAGACAUGUCGGAAUCUGUACUAACGGCGAUGUACAGUUGGUUAACACCGACAGUACUCUUUGUCUUCCUCAACUUAAUGAUAGGCACCAUAGCCAUAAGCUCAUCUUUCUCUUCUAAAUCUAAUGACCCGAAUCAAACUCAGAUCCAACGCUCUCCUUCCAUGAUUCACCGUCUCAAAUCCAUUAACUUCUCUUCCUUCACUUCUCCAGACAAAUCUCAUCUCGAGUUUCCUCCUUCAACACCUGAAGACAACAACAACACAUACCAACCAGCUUCAAUAGAACAGAACCAACCUUUCUUGUCUAGAUCUCCUUCUGUUCUUCACAGAAUCAAAUCUUUCAAUCUUUACAACUACAUUUCUCAAGAACCCACCAACAUAAUCCAAGCUCCACCACCGUCAGUGACCGUGGAGUCAAAACAAGAACAAGAACAAGAACAAGAACAAGAACAAGAACAAGAACAAGAACAAGAACAAGAACAAGAACAAGAACAAGAACAAGAACAAGAAGAGGAAGAAGAGACAAGUCCAAGUCUUGAAGAGGUUUAUAGCAAACUCAAUCUAAACCAUGUCGCUAGGACAAAAUCAGACACAGAACCAGCUGCUGGAAUCAUACCACCGAAGCUACCAAAGAAGAUGAAGAAAUCAGCUAGCACUAAGUCACCUUUCUCUCACUUUCAAGAAGAUGAAAUCUCAGUGGAAGCUCGUCGUCCGGCGACGGUGAAAGUUCCGAGAGUUACGACGGUUGAAGAAGCUGAUGAAGAAGUUGAUGCUAAAGCUGAUGACUUUAUAAACCGAUUCAAACAUCAGUUGAAGUUGCAGAGGAUCGAUUCAAUCACUAAGUAUAAGGAAAUGGUGAAGAAAAGAAACGACAAAAAUUGAUAAAAACAAAACUCUUGGGGUUGUUUCUUAAUUAUGUAUUAAUUUAUGGACCUUUUUGAAUUUUGGUUUAACUUUUCUUUAAAAUUUCCAUCUUCACUGUAGAUUUAUCUUUAUGACAAGAAAGAGUUCGAGAAUCUUUAUCUUUGUAAAUGUCUGAAUUCAAAACUAUGAUGAAAGAAAGAAUCUUCGUGGUUGUGUAGUUGUGUAACAUUUUACUGCUAUAUAUGUUUUUGUUUU